AUGGAGCAACCACGACAUGAGACUCACCAGCGCUGGAUCUGCGGCAGCUUUGCGGUGCUUGUGUGCUUCAUAAUGCUCCUGGGUUCAGCGCAUGAGAUCCCACAGCGCGGUGUGGUGGUGAUUAAUACGUGGCCGUUUGUAAAUGCAACUCGCGCAGGCUUCCAGGCUCUGCAAAGACCCGGUGGUCGCUCCCGAGCACUGGACGCCAUCACGCGAGGCUGCAAUCGCUGUGAAGUGGACCAAUGCGACUUCACUGUUGGAUAUGGAGGAAGUCCCGACUCCAGCGGAGAGACAACGUUGGACGCCAUGAUCCUGGAUGGCUCCACGAUGGAAAUGGGCGCGGUGGCGCAGUUGCGGCGAAUCAAACCUGCUAUUAAAGUGGCUCGCGCGGUCAUGGAGCACUCGUCGCACAGCAUCUUGGCAGGGGACGGUGCGCUGGCUUUUGCCAAGAUGAUGGGAUUCGAGGAAACGCCUCUGGAUACGCCACGCUCGCGAGAGAUCCACCAAGACUGGCUCAACAACAAGUGCCAGCCUAACUACUUCCGCAACGUCGUGGGACAGAACUCCUCGUGUCCGCCGUACAAGCCAUUGCCGUCACAGAAUGAAGUGUAUACAGGACGGCAAGGUCAGUCAUUGCUGCGCUCGACCAGCAGACAGAGCAACAUUGGCGUCGAAAGCUUGAUAUCAAAGCAGAAUCACGAUACUAUUGGGAUGGUGGUGCUGGCGGAAAAUGGGCACAUGGCUGCUGGGACCAGCUCCAAUGGAGCAACACACAAAAUCGCAGGACGUGUCGGUGAUGCUGCGGUGCCUGGCGCUGGGGCUUAUGUGGAUUCGUCUAUUGGCGGUUCCGCCUGUACUGGAGACGGAGAUGUGAUGAUGCGCUUCUUACCUUCUUUCUUCGCAGUCCAGGAGAUGAAGAGGGGUGCCCACCCUCGCAAGGCGUGUGAACGUGCUCUCCAGCGGAUUGCAGCAGUGUAUCCGCACUUCGUGGGAGGCAUAGUGUGCCUAAACCAACUUGGAGAAUUUGGAGGAGCUGGAUACGGAUGGGACUUCACUUAUACUGUGCAAGCAAGUUGGAUGUCGGAGCCCGAGGUGGUGCAUGUGACGCCACUUUCUCCCCCGUCGCACUAA